AUGGCCGCGCCCCGGGCCUGGCUCCUGUGCCUGCUGCUGCUGCUGCUGGGCCUCGCCCUGCUGGGGGCCGCCAGCCAGGCCCGCCCGCACUCCAUGGAGAUCCGAACCCCGGACGUCAACCCCGCCUGGUACGCCGGCCGCAGGUUCAGGCCCGUGGGCCGCUUUGGCCGGAGGAGGGCGGCGCCGCGGGAGGUCCCCAAGCUGGCCCUGCGGUGCCGGCUGAUCUGCCUCCCCCUGGGGGGGGGCCCUAAGUCCCCCCAGGAGGGGUGA